AUGUGGCGAAGCCGUACUGCAAUUAGGCAACGGAACAUCGCGAGUCAAUUAUCUGAUGAAGGACGAGACAUUGCACGAGAAGAGCGCCGCGUUAGUAUGGAGCGAAGAAGGGCUUUAAUUCGUGCCACUCAAACACAAGAGGAAAGAGAGGCAGCCCGUGAAACGGCUAGGUUAGAAACGAGAAAUCAUCGAGCUUAUCGUACAGAUCAACAGAGGGAUAAUCUUCGACGUGCAAGAAGAAAUGGUUCAAGCGUUGAUUUGAAUCGAGCAGCGUUUCUAUAUGAUUGCACCAUCGACUACAGCUUGCAUCGUUUAGUUUGCAUUGGUCCAAGGGACGUUGUUUGCCAGCAUUGUGGUGCAUUGAAGUUUGCUGGUGAAACGCCUGGUUUGUGCUGCCUUAGUGGUAAAGUGAAAUUGCCAUUAUUGGUUCCGCCACCAGAGCCAUUGUGUUCCUUGCUUAAUGGCGAAACUCCAGAAUCACGACAUUUUCUAGCGAACACUCAAAAAUACAAUGUCUGUUUUCAAAUGACUUCAUUUGGGGCGGAAAUUAUCGAAGAACACGGAUAUAAUCCGACAUUUAAGGAUGAUCCUGCUUGGAAUACCCUCCACAUAGAGGAGACACUCGCAGCUUUAGAUUCGUUCAUCGAAGAACCAAACAGAGAAGAAACGAAUUUACUUAUCCAUUCACCUCAAUAUUCAAUCACGGAUUCUGAAUUAUUGGGAAUAUUGUCGGAAAAUGUAAUGGAUGAAUUGGAGACCGAUAAUGACGGUGACUCUGAUCCCGAAUUUUUCGAAAUUAAUGAAAAUGCACAAGAAGACUAUGUUGUGUCUGGUGAAGCAUGGAUUCCCGCAAAACCGACAGCUAACAUAACCGAAUUCCCUUUCCUGAAGACCCCCGGACUGAUAGAAGAUGUUGGUGAUGAGCCUAUUAAUUAUUUGGACGCAUUGUGCCCUUCCAAUCUGCUGGAAUUAUUUAAAGACUGUUCCAAUGAAUAUGGGGAAAUAGAAAAAAAUUCUACCGCGGCCAUAAAAAGCAAAAAAAAAAAAUCUUGGAAGCCUGUAACUUGUCAAGAAAUGAAAUUGUUUUUCGGUCUCACAUUUCAUAUGCGAUUUAUAAAGAUAAAUCGCUUGAAUGACUAUUGGAAAAACGAUGCCUAUUUUGAUUAA